GUGUACACGACCACAGGGGCUGCUAUAUAUAUAAAGCCUGAAUAACGAGGCCAGGAAACCUUUCAGAGCUUAUUGGAAACGUGGUUAAGAGUAUUUGUGCCUCUGGUUUUUAAACAUGGGGAAGUCUGAAGAGCGAGUUUUGCUCAUUCUUGCCAUUUGUGUGUUUGUUGUUCACACGCCAGCUGAAGCCUGGUACAAACAAGCAGCAGGACCCAGUUAUUACUCAGUCGGUAGGGCAUCUGGGCUGCUGUCAGGAAUCAGGAGAUCAGCGAUUAGAAGAGAUGAAGCGGACACACGGGACAGCGGAGGAUUCACCCAAAAUAACGCAAUCUUACAGACAAAUUCACGCAAGUUCGCUUUAAAAAAUAUGCCUGUUUGUGUGAAGGACGUCUUGCCGGAGCUGCAAAGCUGUGAGCUGAUGCAGGACUCGACGUUUCGGUGCCAGGCGGCCGUCAUUCUUACCCUCGACUCCAGUGACUGUGUGAACACUCGAGGAUCACCUUUGUUUACAGACUGAAAAAAUGACAUGUGAUGCAAUUAAGUGUGUGUUCAGUCAGUAGACUAUACAGUUUGUAUGAAACUGGGGUGCCUUACUGUAUUAGUCUAAAAGAUCACACAGGAAAAAAAUGAAAACAAUAUGAAGCCUAGAGCAUAUCUAUGAACAGCACUUUCCCCCCAGUGUGUACGGAUGUGUAUGUAUGUAUAAGUGUGUGUACAUACAAUAUUAAUUCAAGAUUGUGUCACUUACGUAUGAAAUAAAAAAACACAUUUGCAAACAUCA